UUUUUUUCUGUUCAUUACAUAAACAAUCAUCAUCAUGGUCUCCAAAUCAUUUAUGAUCCUUGCUUUUCUUGUCUGUGCUGUCUCCAGUUCCCCCGUUAAAGGUAAAUCAAAUGAUGAGGCUAUUAUUCCUGAUAACAGUGAUGUGAAAAGAACGAAUGGUGCCGAUGGCGAAGCAGACAAGGGCACUGGCAUUCGUGCUAGACAAGAAGUCGGUGGCACCCCCAUCAAUAGUACACCCAAUAUUCCUAUUACUGGUGAUCUUUCUGGUGGUCUUUCUGGUAGUGAUGGUGGUGGCGUUACUAGUACUCUUGGAUGUAUGAAUACACUAUCAGUAGAAUGUAGAAAACAAUUUGAAAAGUUUCUAGAUAUGACUCCAGCACAGUUGUCGCAACGCGCUAUUGAGAUAGCAACCUUUCACCAUAAUUGUCCAUAUGAUUUGAUUGAUUUAUAA